AUGGGUCCAAUGAGUACUUUAGUAAAUUCAGCUCAUAAAGAAGUGGAAGCACUAAAAUGGCAUGGUAAUCAUUGGAUGUGCAAAGGAAAACGAACCAUAGCAGCAGCUGUCGCAUUAUUACAGAAAAAUGAAAUUAUAGCAGUUCCAACGGAUACAAUAUAUGGUCUUGCUUGUCUUGUAUCAAGCACCAGUGCCAUUGAAAAACUCUAUGAAAUUAAAGAACGCGAAGUAGAUAAACCAUUAUCUAUUUGUGUUGGUAACUUGAAAGAUAUACAAACAUGGGGCAUUGUAGAUCAUGUACCAAUUAGUUUGUUAUCUUGGUUAUUACCAGGACCAUAUACCAUCAUUCUCAAACGAACUCCUGCUUUAAAUCCUGCUCUGAAUCCUAAUCAUGACACGGUAGGCAUCAGAGUUCCACAUCAUAAAUUUAUAAGGCAUGUAGCUGAAGUAGCAGGACCUUUAGCAUUAACAAGUGCUAAUAUAAGUAAUGAACCCAGUUGUAUACAUGCUUCGGAAUUUGAAAACUUAUGGAACAAAUUAGGUGGAAUAUUUCAUCAAUCUAGAAAACUUGAUAAAAAGCAUAACUAUUUGAGACGUGGAUCAACAAUUAUUGAUUUAACCGAACCGGGACGUUACAGAAUUAUUCGUCAUGGAAUUGGGGCAAACUACGCUGUAAAUAUCUUAAAAAAAAUGCAAUAUAUUUCCAAUUAA